AGCAGCUCAGUCUCCACAAAUCCCACCCCUCUCUUCACUCUUUCGCUUAGUUGACCGACUUCCCUACCCGCCAACUCUCCCACUCCACCCCAGCUUCCUCUAUAUAUAAGCCGACCCUCUCUAUGCUCCUCACUCGCUAAUCUCUCUCUCAAUCUCAAUACCUUCCCUUCUCUCUUCGGAAAAACUUAUUUGUUUCUUACUCUCUUCGCUUUCAAAAGAAUUCAAUAUCAUCAAGAAUCCCAAUUAUGGCUCUUGAAGCUCUGAACUCUCCUACAACAGCCACUCCUUUCAAUUAUGAAGACACAUGUGUUAAAAGGAAACGCUCCAAGAGAUCUCGUAGUGAGUCCCCUUCAACGGAGGAAGAAUACCUUGCUCUUUGCCUUAUCAUGCUCGCUCGUGGCGGCUCCACCACCUCCACUACCACAGCCAACAAAGAAACCGCCCCCCCAGCACCCCCCCAGCCGCCGACCUUGAAUCUUUCAUACAAGUGUACGGUUUGCAACAAGGCUUUCCCUUCUUACCAGGCUCUUGGUGGGCACAAAGCCAGUCAUAGGAAAUCCUCCUCUGAGUCCACCACAGCCGCCGAGAACCCCUCAACCUCCACCACACCUGCAACUACCACCAACACCAGUGGCAGGACCCAUGAGUGCUCUAUCUGCCACAAAACUUUCCCUACCGGCCAGGCCUUAGGUGGGCACAAACGUUGUCAUUAUGAAGGUACUAUUGGAGGCAACAACAACAGCAGUACUAGUGCUGCAAUCACCACCUCAGACAGUGGUGCUGUCGGAGGCGGCGGCGUAAGCCAGAGUCAAAGUCAAAGAAGCGGUGGUGGAUUUGACUUUGACCUGAACUUGCCCGCUUUGCCUGAAUUUGAAGGUCCAAGAAUCGGUCACCAAGCACUAUUAAGAGAUCAAGAAGUGGAGAGUCCUUUGUCAGGGAAAAAGCCAAGAUUAACGCUAUCGCUUCAGAAAGAAAAGACCGGCGUGGUUUCUUUGUAAAACUGAAUUUUUAGAAUUGUAGAUUAGGUUCAAUUAGGAAGAUUGUUGGAUUUCUUUGUUUUAAUUAAGCGCUAUUAUUUGUUCUUAUCUUUUAGGGUUUGCUUUGAUGAUGAGUUGGUUCUGUAAAGAGAAUUUCUUCAUCGUUUGUAGCCUUCCUACGCUACUGGACAUUAAUUCAUUCUUUAAGUACUAUUUGGGCAGUAAUAUUUAUAAUUUUUUAAAA